AGUCUAGAGAAGAGCAAGCUCCAUCUCUCGGGAGUAAUGGCGACGAUUUCCGCGCUCCCUCCCACUCUCCGAUGCCGGAUUCGCAGACCUUCGUCUUCAUCUCCUCAUCUCUUCUCUGGAACUCCAUCUUCUCUAUCUUCCUCUUCUCCUUCGCCUUCCUUCCCAUGCUUUCGCUUUCGGGUUCCGUCUCGGCGGGCUAUGCGUGUUUCUAGGGCUGUUGCUGAGGAGGAAACCCUAGUUCCAGGUGAAUCGGAGGGAGAGAGUCCGAAUCCGGAGCAGCAGCCUGUCUCGGUCCCCGUUUCACCUUCUGACAUGCUUACCAUGUUCUUCAAGGCUGAAGGAACCAUGGACGAGUCAUCGAUCCCUGCCGUUUCCAGUGCUGUGGAGGCGGUGGAGGGUGUUAGUGAUCUCAAGGUUCAAAUCGUUGAAGGCAUUGCUAGCGUUGAGCUUGUAAAGCAGACCACAGUACAAGCCACUGGUGUAGCUUCCAACUUGGUGGAGAUUAUACAAGGUUCAGGCUUCAGGUUGCAGCAAUUAAAUUUGAGUUUUGAAGAUGAAGAAGAUUUAGCCAACUAAAACAUUUCUUUUCUGACUGUUCUUAAGCUUGUUUAUGUAAUGUAAUGUUCAUCAACAUUUGCGUGAAUUUUGAUUGAUGUUGCAGCAUUAUGUGGAAUGCAUUGUUGCUGUUUGUAUCA